UGGAAGCUGUUCCGACGGUAUGACUGACGCCGCUGUGCCGAGAACAUGAAGCCGAACAGGCAUUGCAGAGAUGCAGUAUAUUAUGGACGACUGUUCAGUCUCAGUCUGAAUGAUUCAUCCUGCACAACAAUCACUACUGCGCAUUCCAACCUGCAUCUCACAAGCUCGUCAGAAUCGAACGAAAUCAAUACAACGACAAAAUGGCCACUCGAUAUGAAGCUGCUCACGAGAAGCCCACUGGACCAGGCGAUCAGCGUCCAACAGCACUCCAGAUCAUCAAAGAUGAACAGCUUCAAGGCAAGUGGUCCGACAAGACCAUCUUGAUCACAGGAUGUUCUUCUGGUAUCGGCAUUGAAACUGCGAAAGCACUCCACGAGACAGGUGCAACACUCUACCUCACGGCUCGUGAUCUGAACAAGGCAAAGACAGCACUUGGCAGCCUCGUGGACUCCGACCGCGUCCACCUGCUCGAGCUAGACCUCAACUCUCUGGCCAGUGUGCGAAAGGCUGCCGAGACCUUCCUGGCUCAAUCCAAGAAACUCAACAUCUUGAUCGCAAACGCAGGAAUCAUGGCAACACCAGAAGGACGCACAGCAGACGGCUUCGAGCUGCAGUUCGGCACGAACCACCUCGCUCACUUUCUCUUCAUCCAACUCCUGCUUCCAACACUCAAAGCUUCCGCGACCCCACAAUUCGGCUCACGCGUCGUCAUCCUUGCCUCCUCCGCCCACCGACACGGAGGAGUCAACUUCGAAGACUUCACCUUUUCGGGCAAAUACCACCCAUGGAUCGCCUACGCCCAAAGCAAAACAGCAAACAUCUACACCGCUUCCGAACUCGAACGACGAUUCGGCGAAGACGGCGUACACGCCUACGCAGUCCACCCAGGUUUGAUCAUGACUGGUCUUAUGCAAUUCCUCGACCAGGCGACUCUCGACGAAUGGUCGAAAGAUCCAGUGAUCCCUACCCGUAUGAAGAACCCGGAGCAGGGAGCUUCGACUACAGUCUGGGCAGCUACUGCUGGAGCGUUGGAGGGCAACGGUGGGAAGUAUCUUGAGGAAUGUCAGAUUUCAAGGCCAGUGCAGCCGGAUUUCAAGGAGUAUUAUUUUGGCUACGCGGAGCAUGCGUUUGAUGAGGAGAAGGAGAAGCUUUUGUGGGAGAAGUCGCUAGAUUUGGUGAAGCCUUGGUUGAACUGAGGACUGGACUUUCCAUUGAAAGUGAGGAAUGAGGAAUGGAUCAAAGGUGGAAAGAGGAUGCAUUGAGAGUGAAUCAGAUUGCUCAGCGAUGCGAGAGAUGUUGGCAAGUAGUGGCAUUUGGCACGCGUGGUGGUCCACGGAAAUUCAGCGUGUUCAGAUGUA